AAAAUUAAACCAAAAACAGAUUCUUUGUAAAAAAAAUCGCGCCAAGUACACGUAAAACAUUCGUCCCCUGUUAUCUAUAACGUUAUUAUUUUUACACAAAAGACUGCAAUUAAAAAAAAACCGUCCAUAAAGCACACCUGCGCUUUCGCGCUUGAGGUGUGCAAAAAAUACUGAGUAACUGGGAUGAUGGAAGAUUUAAAACAAUUUUUUUUUUAAUUUUUGAAACUAAACAAGUAUAAAAAAACAUUAUUUGUACGUACUUGGUGUGCAUUCAUAUUAAAAAUGGUAUAUUUAGCCGUGUCAUAUUCUCUAAAAGUUGAUUUUAUUUGCACAAACCAAGGUCGUUCAAGUAAUUUUUUUUCUAUUUGUUUAUUUCCAACAAAUUAAAAAAAAAAAUUUUUUUUAAUUUUACAUCUCAGUUACUUGAUUUUUUUUUUUGUGAUUGCAGUCUUCUUUGUAAAAACAACAAUGUCACAGAUAAUAAUGGAUGAAUGUUUAAGGUUCACUUGACGCGAUUUUUUUACAGAGAAUUUAUUUUUUGUGGAAUUCUUCAUACAUAUAUGCUUAAAUGUGUGUUAUUACAUUUUUGAUAGUUGAAUACUCAUUGAAAAGGAUAGAGUAAAAUAUAACAUAUUUUCUGAGUUUGUAUAUUGUUUUCAGUUGACAAAAUGAAUGGUUUGCAGCAAUUUCAUAAUUGUAAAUUAUUAAGAAAUGGAAAAUUAAUUUAUGAUAAUUUGUGGGUACUUAACGGAGUAAUCGUUGAUCCGGAAAAACUUUUUUACGAUGAAAAAGUUAAAGCCGAAAAUGUUAUUGACUGUCAAAAUGCUAUUAUUUCUCCUGGAUACAUCGACCUCCAAAUAAAUGGUGGCUUCGGAGUUGAUUUUUCACAUAAUAUUGAUCAUGUUGAAGAUGGAAUUAAUAAAGUUGCAAAAAAUUUAUUAGCACAUGGCGUAACAUCAUUUUGUCCAACUUUAGUUACAUCGUCUAAUGAAACUUAUCAUAAAAUUUUACCAAAAAUUAAAAAAAGUCCAGGUGGUAAACACGGCGCUACUGUUCUUGGUGUACAUGUUGAAGGCCCAUUUAUUAGCCCUACUAAAAAAGGUGCACAUCAAGAAAUAUUCAUUAAACAGUUCAAUAAUGGAUUCCAAACAGUCAUUGAUGCUUACGGAGAUCUUGAAAAUAUUUCUUAUGUAACUUUAGCACCCGAAAUCGAUAAUUCUUUCGAAGUUAUCAGAGAACUGUGUGACAGAAAUAUAAAAGUAUCCGUAGGUCAUUCAGUGGCAAAUUUAAAGCAAGGUGAAAAUGCUGUUAAGCACGGAGCAUCAUUCAUAACACAUCUUUUCAAUGCUAUGCUACCGUUUCAUCAUAGGGAUCCUGGUUUAGUCGGUCUUUUAACAUCUGAUAAAAUUUCAUCCUCAAAAAAAAUUCAUUUCGGUAUCAUUGCUGAUGGAGUUCAUACACACCCAGCAGCACUGCGUAUUGCUCAUCGAACACACCCUGAAGGUCUUGUACUUGUGACUGAUGCCAUUUCCGCACUUGGCUUACAAGAAGGUUUGCAUCGACUCGGCCAACUUGAUAUCGAAAUAAAGUCUGGUCAAGCAUAUAUAGCCAAAACAGAUACAUUGUGUGGAAGUAUAGCAGCGAUGUCAGAAUGUGUAAAAUUUUUCAAAAAAGCUACUGGGUGCUCCAUUGUCGAAGCGCUUGAGGCUGCAACUUUACAUCCUGCACGAGCUUUAGGAGUCCAGUCACACAAAGGAAUACUGAACUUCAAAGCUGAUGCUGAUUUUUUAUUACUAAAUGAUAAUCUCGAUGUUCUCUCAACGUGGAUUGCUGGUGAAUGCGUAUAUCAAAAUCAAACUGCUAAUAUUAGCGGUUCUGCGUGAAAUACAAUACAAAUAUAUAU